AUGUCGACCCAACGUUCUGCAGACGGAGUUGCAUGUUUCGUUGUCCAAAUUUGGAGUUUUUGUACUUUAGCCGGAACUGGAAUGGUUCUAGCUGGAAAUUAUCUCGCCUUGGCUCAUAUUCUUGCUGUUGUUGGUGGCGCUGUUGUUGCAGUCUGUGCGCUUCUACUUCAAUCUUCUGCCUUUCAAUUGAAAGAGGCCUUAAUUUCCUUUUCUGUUGCUAUCAUCUCAUCAGCAUUGGCAGUUAUUUUUAUUGGUAUUUGUAUGCUGAUUGUAAUUUAUCUAUGCAUGAAAUUUUUUAUCGAUCCUGAUAAUGUGGCGGCGCCACUCGCCGCUUCAUUGGGUGAUUUUUUUGUUCUUCUCAUCAUGACUCUUGUUGUAUGGACCAUCGAAUCGUUUUUUGGAUCACCUUUUCCAGCUUAUUUUGGAAUGUUCUGUUUUGUUAUUAUUGCUAUUGGGCCAGCACUCUCUUACUUGCAAGGAAAUAGAAGCGAAAACUGUUUGGCUGCGGAUUAUAUCACUCUUACUCAUUGUCUUGUUCCACUUUUGGCUGCAGUUUUACUCAGCAGUAUAAGUGGUUGGAUACUUGCUUCCUAUGUCGAUCUUCUCCCAAGCUUGCCUCUUCUGCAACCACCUAUUAACGGUGUAGGCGGCAACCUUGCCUCAAUUCUCAUCAGUCGAAUGACAACCCGCUUGAGCACUGUGUCUAAACCUCUUAUCACAGGUGAUAUUGUUGAUCGGAUCAAUGCUGCGACUCUCUUCUCGUGUUUUCAUUCAGCGACGGGGGAGAAGCAACGCAGCUCUCCUGAAAGUAGUCUGCUACUUCCAGGCAGUGAUGAGGACGCGACAGUGGAGAGAUCAGGGCCUGCUAAUUGUGUAAAGGAAACUGAAAUAGCUGUAACUCAAGCGAUCAUGGACUCGAACACUUCAGCAUGUCGUCUACUUACUCUCUGUCUGCCGAUGCAUUCCAUGCUCCUUGUUAUCAACUACAGUAUCUCCUCCCUCUUCCAUGAAUCUUUGGGGCCUAAAGCUUUCUCAUUUUCUAUCGUUCUUGCUUACCUCUCCGCUGGAUUUCUACAGGUCUUUGUGCUUCUUCUAUUCGCCCGACUCCUAGUUUUACGACGUUGGUUGUUUCUAGCCGGACACCAGCAUCACCAAGGUGUCACCAGCAGCAGCCGUACAAGUGCAGGAGGAUUAGCAUCCCUAGAUUUGACAGGUAUCGCCAUCACUACAGGGCUGGGAGAUUUUGUUGGCACUGCUUUUCUCACUGCCUUCCUUAGUUUUGCUGAGGGCUCUUGA